GCAUGCGCCCCGCGGCGGCUCCCUUCAUUCUAAGGAAGGACUGGAGCUGGCGCGGGUGGGGUGCUGGGAGCGGUUUUUCUUUCCUCGCAGCCCGACCGCUCGGCCUCGGGAUGUGGAGGCCGUCAGCACUGCUGUCCCCUUGCACCCGGUGAAGAGCCAUUCCCCCGUUAGCGCUCCCCUCCGAACGGCGCGUACCCACCUGCAGCCAACACCAGCAGCUCUCCGACCAGUCUGGCCCACCCCCGCGCAGCAGCGACGCCAACAGAUUGGCUCCUUCCGGCGUCACUCUCCCGGCUCUUGUACUCGGAAUGGCUUCGCCGGCUGUCAGUCCUCAUGAAAGCCCGCCCAUCCCGCGUUGCUCGUGCGACUCUGACGACACCGCGGGCGCAGCUCAGCCGCAAGGCACCGCCUUUCGUCUGAUAGGCCGACAUCUGGCGCAUUCCCCUGUCACUCAGGCGCCGCUCUGACAGCGGAUUGGCUGUCGCUACUCCACAGGCUGGUCGCCUGCUGAUGCGGAAAUUAAUUGCAGAAAAGCUGUGCAUACCUUGGAAUGAAAUACACUUGCAAAGGACAUCAAAAGGAAAACCUUUCCUGGCAAACAGCAUAUUCAGUGUAUAUUCAAAUUACAACUUCAAUGUCUCUCAUCAAGGAGAUUAUGCAGUUCUUGCAGCUGAGCCUGAGCUUCAAGUUGGCAUUGAUGUAAUGAAGACUGAUUUACCAGGUAGUAGCUCAAUUCCAAAUUUCUUUCGUAUCAUGAAGCGACAGUUUACUGAGACAGAGUGGCAUGUAAUCAGGUCUAUGAAUAAUGAGUGGAUGCAGCUGGAUAUGUUUCAUCGACACUGGGCCCUAAAAGAAAGCUUCUUGAAGGCUAUUGGAGUUGGAAUUGGUUUUAACUUGCAAAGAAUUGAAUUUAAUGUGUCCCCAUUGCAAAUGGAAAUAGGGAAGGUGUACAGUGAGACUCAGAUGCUGUUGGAUGGAGAAAAAGAGGAAGAGUGGACUUUUGAGACUGAUCUGAAUCCCAGACACGUCAUUCUGAUGAGCCUUCGAAAUGAGGAAACACGGUUAGAUGGCUAUCAUCAUGUUGCAGUGGCUCUUGGGAAACAGGAGGGAUUUGGACAGCAACAUACUGAUGUAUGUUCCAUGCAACCUCAUCGACCACAGUUUACAUUAUUGACUUUUGAAGAUUUAGUUGCACCUGGAAUUCCAAUUACACCUGAGGAUUCUGCAUAUUGGGAUAACUUUUGUUCUAAGCAAGAGAGUCCAGUGAAACAGAGUUCAAAUUCAAGAUGAGAAUGCUUAGAAACAAAAGAUCAUAGGAAUUCAUGCAAAUGUGUAAAUAGGAAUUGUUCUCUCUUAUUUUAUAUAUUUCCCUUUAAGCCUGAUAUUCACCUUCUCAAAAUUGACAUUUUCUGUCAGUAUUUAAGAAGAUAGCAUGUUUCCUUGCUGAAGGAAUUCAGAGUGAUAAGUCUAAGCUGAGCUUGUGGAUUUUUGAUUCUCCAUGCCUUUGUUCUCAUGCUUUAGUAAUUACCCUUGCUGAUAACAGGAAGCAGAGCUACAAUAGUGUUGUCGAUCAGUCAGCAGGAGCUUAACACGUGGAAGUGUAUUUCUGUGUUUUAUUUAUGCUGGACUUAAAUUAUUAUUUAAUGUCACCUCGUGUCUUAAAAAAAUUGUAGUUCAAUACGACAAUGAAAUGAAUAAAGCCAGAGAAAUGGGUAAAAGUC